AUGGACCAGUGUGGGGUGAAAAUUUGCAAAUUCCUCGGUCAAGAACGGAACGACUCUGGACAGUCAUCCGGCAAGGAAGCAGCGGGCUCUACAAGUACUCUAGACACAGCCAAAGGCAAGAACCGACCAAUUCCUGCUCCAGGAGCGAUUCAGUGGAGCCUGCGCUCAACCCGGCCUCUGUGGCGUAAUAUUCCAGCUUGCCGCCUUGCAAAAAUCCGAUCUCACCUCGCUCGAAUUUUCCAUUCUGUUCUUUUUAGAUGA